AGAGAUCUCUCGGGGUGUCGUGUUUAUAUUACUGCUCUGAUUCCGAACCGCCGAUUAGCGUCAGUUGCAAUCAUCUCGAAUCAGCAGUAAUUCAAUCAGAGAUAUGGUGGGAAAAAUUCUACAGCUGGCGGUGGCGAUUCUCAUCGUUUCCUGGACGACUGCACAGACCGAAUCCUAUGAGGAUCCUAACAAACUCAAGGUUUGGCUAACCAUCAGUGCCCGUAAGCGAUUUAUAGAGGUCUCUUGGAGCAAUGCUCCGGCGAAUAAGGGUGACCAACUUCUUGUGACCAAAGAGGAUCCCCACAGCUUCAAGUCAAAACUUAUGCCCAAGCAAACUCCAUUGGCAGCCUUCCAAAGCGAUGAGGGAAGUGGCUCGGGCGAAGGUCCUCCCAGUUAUGUGCCUAUCAGUGGAUUCACAGUCAAACCGGACACCAAAUCAUCCUCCAAAGAAGUGGAACAGGAAAAAUUUUGGGUGGCCAAUGAAGGAACUACCGAGGUUGUGGCUGCCAUUAAACCAAGUCAGGGAUUAUCUACGCAGUGGUUUACCACCGGACUGCCAUUUGAUUACGCCUUGUCCAGAAAUGUGACAAUUCGAACCUCUUGCUAUGGCUUUUGGGCCAGUUAUAUCGAUUCAGAGGGUACAAUUCUGGCCAAAACCUGCCUUAAAGUGUUUCCCCGCUGGAUGAAUGAACUGAAGUCCAAGAUUGGGGAGAUGCGCCUGCGAGAUCUCUUUAUUCCCGGAUCCCACGAUUCAGGAUCUUAUCGUCCUAACUUCGAUCCGUUGCUCAGGGAAAGUCUGGUGACCAAGUAUGCCCUCACUCAGGAUGAUGACAUUAGGGGUCAGUUGAUGCAUGGAGUAAGGUACCUAGACAUACGAGUGGGCUACUACAGGAACUCACCGGACCCAUUCUACAUCUAUCAUGGAAUCACAAAACAACGUCCUUUGCAGGAAGUUAUCAAUCAGGUCCGGGACUUUGUCUACGAGACCAACGAGAUUAUAAUUUUUGGACUCAAGGAGUUUCCAGUGGGCUUUGGAAAAGGACUUGGAGUUCAUCGCCUGCUGAUUAGUUACUUGCGCGAGCAGUUCCAGGACCUAAUAGCUCAUCCUUCGCUGACCUGGCGCGCUUCCUUGCGGGAUAUUUGGGCCCGAAGGCAAAACGUGUUUCUGGCUUACGAUCAUGAGGCUAUGGUCGAGGAGUUCCCAGAGGUCCUGUUUGGAUCCGUGGAGCAGCGAUGGGGAAACAAACAGACGUGGUCCCAACUUGAGACCUAUUUGCGUAACGUUAAUGACUUCGAUGCUUCUCGGUUCUCAAGUCGCCCGGUGUCUGAUAUGGCGGAGCUGACCCCGGAGACCUGGGACGUCAUAUUGGACAAACACGGAGGACUCCGCAAGAUGGCCGAUAACGUUAACUGGCGGAUCUCGCAGCUUUAUCGGAAUGAGUUGGGAACAAAUGCCAAUAUAGUAUCAGCGGAUUUCAUACGGGGCACCACACUCGUGGAAACCGCUAUUGAAUAUAAUACCCGUAAGAUUUAUAUGUAAUGAUAACCAACUCUUACAAAAAUAUCUUUAAAAUUGCUUAUUAACAAUGACGAAUUUGCAAUAAUACAUUUAUUUUCUAAGCGGUUAAGUUAAAACAUUAAUAUGUUGCUUAUUGUACUGCUGUGUAGCUUCCCUAAACAAGUCACUGUUUUAUAUAGUAUGUUCCCAUCAAA